UCUUUCACUCUCUCUCUCUCCAUUCACAAACUCAAACCACAGUUAACAAUGGGUUUUCCAGUAGGAUACACAGAACUUCUCUUUCCAAAACUAGUUCUUCACCUUCUCUCCGUCUUUAGUUUCAUACGAAAACUCAUUUGCGCCAUUUUUCGCUUUCUGGGUCUCCACGAUUUCCUCGAACCCGACAUUACAUGGCCCGAUGGGUCAACCCGAAUACCCGAAUUCGAAUCCGUUUCAGCUCUUCUUAUCCGAGAAAUCCUCCCCGUUGUUAAGUUCAUGGAAUUGGUGGACCCACCCGAAAGUUGCGCCGUGUGUCUUACCGAGUUCGAGGAAAAUGAUGAGAUCAGACGGUUAGCGAAUUGUCGACACAUUUUUCAUCGAUGUUGUUUGGACCGUUGGAUGGGGUACGAUCAGAGAACGUGUCCGUUAUGUAGAACGCCUUUUAUACCUGAUGAUAUGCAAAGUGCUUUUAAUGAGAGACUUUGGGCUGCUUCUGGGAUCCCUGAAUUUCACUCUGAUCUUUCUUCUUUCUAAGUUUCCUUCAAGUUAAGGACAUGUUUGCCUUUCUUUUUUUUUUGUGUAUUUGUACAUAGAUAGAACCAAGUCGUGAUAAAGCUGAGGCUUUAGUUGUAUAUUGAUUCUAGAGAGACGAAUUUUGUAGAUUUCGGAUCUGGGUCUUCUUCUUUUGAGUUUUUAACUUGCUACUAUCUUUCACUCUCACUGUCUUUCUUUUUUACCGGUAGUGUUUAACUAUUUACUACUAUUUCUUUUUA